CACCCAUGAGAAACUGGGCCUGGAAUCUAAUUAGUUUCCUUUAACGUAACUGACCAAAUUCGAGUGUGUUUUGUUUUUAUGGUGUCAUUGACAAUGUUUUAAUUGAAGAUGACUAAGAACGUUGGCUAGGAUAUGAAGUCGAUUAAGGCCCGGUUGAACUACCGAUUCCGAAAGCAUCUCGCGAUGGACAAGCCGUCCAGCAGUAGCGGUGGCAAUCGGUUGAGCCGGAGCACUUCGAUCUGCAAAAAACCGGCCAUACUACGUAGACAGCUGGCCUCUCAGGAGUUUCAGUUUCCGGCAACGGCGACGGCGACGGCAACGGUCGCCACCACACGCCAACGCCUUUUCUGGGGCAGUCGGCGAAUGUCGACGGCUGUCAAAGAUGAUAAGAGCAAGCCUGAUUCGAACGCCGCCGGAAAGAAGAAGCCAGCUGCAUCAUCAAGGCAAUCAAAUUUUACCCAGACGGAACGAAAUAAGUCGCAACGCAAGAUGAGUGUGCGGAGCACGCGUUGCAAUUCGGUGGCACCCACGGCGCUAGUAAGCAGAGAAAACAUGACGCAAACACCCGGGUCCAGAAGGCCAGAGGACCUGACCGCCCGCUGCAGCGCGACGCACGAGGGGCGCAAGCUACUGCAGGAGCGGCUAAUGGUGCAGGUGGAUUCACUGUUCAAUAUGCUCUUCUCAGCCUCGCCGUUUCUGCAAAGCUUCCAUGAGCGGCGCAGGUCUACCGAUCUGCAAAUGGGCGCCUGGACGCGUAAUGCCGGUGGCCAGAAUCAGCGCACUGUCUCGAUGACUGUGGCACUCCAGGCGAAUGUUGGCCCCAAAAUUGCCAAGGUUACCGAAACACAGACCAUGCUCGAGUGCAGCGAACCCGGCCAACUAUAUUCCAUCGAUGUGCGGAGCAUUAACUCAGAGAUACCCUACGCGGACACCUUCGUCGUCCUGAUGCACUUCUGCCUGAAGGCCACAGUGGAGGAGCACACGGACGUUUUGAUCUUCGCCCAGAUCCAGUUUCUCAAGUCCGUGUGGGCGGUGGUCAAGGCCUUCAUCGAGAAGAACACGUAUGCGGGUCUCGAGGAGUUCUGUCAAGCUCUAUAUAGCGCCCUACUCAUUGAGAUUAGGAAGAAGUAGGCCAGUAGUAGGCUCAAAAUACACUUCAAAAUAGCUAA